AACUUACGGAUGCUUUGUCAUACCUCCCGAGUUCUGAGGUAAAAGAGACGUUGGGGUUAAUUAUGGACAGCUAGCUUACACGGAUAGCUUAGCAACCUAGCAAGCAUGCUAGCUUCACAUUAGCAGCCGUUUUCCCUGUUGCCAUGCAUUGGCAAUCCCAAACAAAUCAACAUAUUUGGCCGGCUGCUAACUGUGUUUCUGCAAAUGAGCUUUGGUGGUCAUGAGAUGGGGCUGAGCUGUGCCAGUGCGCGAAUUGUUGCUGGUGUUUCAUCAUUGCUGGUCUGAUAGUUAGAGGUGGGGUGGGGAGGACCAGACCCAAUGCGUCGGUUCUGGAGGAAAAAAAACAUUGACACACAGGCGCAGCUACGUCUGGGUGGUGACAACAUGAGCUGCUGCUUCGUGUGACAAUGCAUAAUUCCCCUCUUUUCCAGUACCUGCAUGAUCUAGGGCACACAGACUUUGAGGCAUGUCCAACGGCAUCACAGGAGGACGAAAAUGGCGGAGACCUCACCCCGUCUGACGAAGAUUCACGCAAAACUUCAGGCGGUCGCCUAUGGAGACUGACUGAAGCGCUGUGGAGAUGGAGUCCGAUUCAGCAGGCAGCUGCAUCUCGUAAGAUGGGCCAGCAUCUGGACUGUGUGUUUGGCCAGUACUCGGUGAAGUGCAUUCUGGACCAGGAUGUGCUGCUGCAGGAGGAUGUGGAGCUCAUCGAGCUGUUGGAUCCGAGUCUGCUGACCCUCAGCUCGUCUGCCUCCGGAUCAUCAGGCCGAGCGAGUGCUCUGCCUCGACCCAGCCUCAUUGCCAAGCCCUCCCUAUGGGACAUGGCGGGGCUGGUGGGCCUGGCUGCGGUGCUGCUGGGGCUCUGCUCCAUGUCUGAGGGCUUGUGGUCCCUGGCUGCGGCCCCGUGGGGCAUGGCUCUCCUGGGCUGGGCGGGGCUGAGGGGGGUCACGCUGUGGAGACAGGGUCGCAUGGAGAGAGCCGUCCACACACGGGCCGCGCAGCUUCAGACUCUCGUCCACAACAGUAAGACUCUGACCGGGCUGUCCCGCAAAGCCCUGCGCCUGGUGCAGGAGACGGAGGUCAUUUCCAGAGGGUUCACCCUUUUGCUCGACAGGGUGAGUGCGGCUGGCUCCUUUAGCAGGGCGGGACCGGGGGUGGGGCCACGAGGACAGCAGCUGAUCGGACUGAGGAAGGCUCUGUACCGGGCCCUCCGCACCGCUUUCAGAGCUUCACGCAGGGCCACCUGUCACAUGCUCAAGGCGUUCCCUCUGAACUCUGAGAUCGAUAAUGUGACCAACUACGUGUCGGCGGUGCCUCUGAAGGAGCUGGGGCUCGGCCUGGGGAUCGAGCACCUGGGGGACGAGCAGGCCCAGGAGCUGACAGACGACUACAGCCUGCCCGCCCUGAAGAUGCUGUUCCAGCUGUGGGUCGGACAGAGCUCUGAAUGUUUCCGUCGCAUGGCUCUUCUCCUGUCACCCCAAAGAAUCGAGGAUCCAGAAGAGGGUGCACCCAACGGAGCUAACGGAGACACCUCGCCUUCUUCUCUUCCUCCUCCUCCUCCUCCUGCUCCCCCGCUGCACCGCUCCAUUGUGGCGGUGACGGAGCCCCUCCAUCAUGCUCUGGCCAGCUGCCUCUGCGAAGUGCAGCGCAGUUUUGACUUCCACCGACACUUUGAGACACAGCUGAGGACGCCGACGGGCUCCGACAAGACAGGGAGAGCCAGGGAGAAAUGCCGAGAGCUCAACACCCUGCACACCUCCAUCAGAAGCCUGCAGCUGCACCUCAAGGCCCUGCUCAGCGAAAUGAUCAUCCUGGAGGACGACCUGGAGAAGCUGAUGGUGUCCAAGGAACCAUUAGAGAUGACAGCGGAGGGCUACCAGGACCUCAGCGACCGGCUGCACCAGCUGCAGCCUCACAUGCAGGCCAGCGGCGGCUGCUGGGAGGACACCAUCUGCCAGGUGGAGCGCAUGCUCAGACGGGUCAACGCCUAUCCAGGAAAUGCUGAGGGUCCGGAGCAGUGUGGCCCUGCCGUAGCUGAGAUUCCUGCUCCUCCUCCAUCAUACCCGCUCAUCCUGGACAGAGACCCUGUGCCAGAAGAGCUGGAGUGGGAGGCAUAUGUGUCCGACUCGGACUCUGACGGUGAAUGCAGAGGCUCUUGGUCGGACAUCUUGUCACCGGAGGAGCGGGAGCGGCAGCGCCGGGAGAAGGAGGAGUCCCGCCGCGUCCUGUCGGAGCUCAAAUCUGUGCUGGGCUUCCGUGCGUCAGAGGGGGAGAGGAUGAAGAGGAAGCAGCUGCUCUUCAAUGACCAAGCUGCUGAGACACCUUCAGCUCGCACUGAGAGUUCAGAUCCUGCCACAAAGCCAGCAGAAGCCCCGACUUCUCUGGGAUCUGCAGAAAGUGGCGAGGAAGAAGAAGGAAACCACUUUUCAGAGUGCUGUGCAGGAAACGAAGGGGAGGAAAGGGAAGAAGGGGAAGGAGAAGUGGGCAGGGUGGGGCCUGACCCGUCUGCAGAGCCGCUGACGGAGUUUAGCUGUGGUCCGGAGAAGGAAAGGGAUUUGGGUGGUGCUUCGGUGUGUGCGAGAGGAGGAGGAGGAGCGUCCGAGCUGCACCUAUAUGACGGCCUGCUGGAGGGAGGGGAGGGCCACAACGGGCUAGACUGCUUCCUGAAGACUAAAAUCCCCGCUGUCUCCGUGAUGGACAGACUAACAGAGCUCCAUGGCUCAGAGGCCCUCAGCUUCAGCUCCGCCCUCGCCGCUCAGGUGGCGGCACGCUCGCAGACGCUCAUCGCCAUGGAGGAGCAGACAUUCGGAGACGAUGAGGACGAGGAGGAGGAUGAGGAUGAAGAGGAGAGUGACAGACGAACCCCUGAGAAGAACUUAAAUUAAUAACCGCUGCUUUAUCCAAACACUGAGCAGAGACUGUAUUUAUGUCUGAUUGUCUUCUAUAAUGUGUCACUGUUUCUAGCGUGGAGAAAUUUCGAAUAUACCCCCAUCCGUCCAUUUUACUGUUCAUCCCCCGCUGUUAAAACUCAGGUACCAGAACCACUAAUACAAAAUAAGACCAUCCAGUGUCAGAAGAUCAGAAUGUCUAGAUGGCUUGGUGACAUCUUUGGUACGUUUGAACAAAGAUUGCAGGAAACAUGAUUUUCUCCAUACCUGAGAAAUAUUGUAAUAAUUAACCACUUUGAGAGGUUAUAUUUGCUCUUUCAGAAGCAGUCCAAUCUGAGUUAGUCGGGAUGUUUACGGCAGGAGGUGUUAAAGUCUGCAACCUGAGACAGUGGUACAGGACACAAAGUUUGAGGAAAAUAUACAAUGUAGAAAUACUUUGUAUAUUCCUUAAUUCUGAAUUCAACUGCACCUAGGUCUUGCCAACAAAAUGUAGUUACAGUCUCAAAAUUAAAAGUAUUCGUAAACCCAUUUUAAACAAACCUUAAAACAAUAUUUUUUUCAGGAUUUCAAUACUUGAUUAAAUGUACUUUCUACUCCUGCAGUUUGUAUACUGAAUGUUUUGCGUGAAGAAACGCACAGUCCAGAAUUAAGGUACAUGAAAAAGGAAGCAGCAGGAAGUUGAAAUCGCCUGAGGGGCUGCACAAUAUGAGGAAACUCAAAGGAAAGGCAUCAAAAAGUAGUGAUGGUUGUAUUUGAUGGGCAGUUGUUUCCUGAUACUCUCUUUCAACUAACUUAUAAAAUAUCACAUUUCGUCUUUCAGGGUGUGUCUCCCAAAUAGAUAGUACCGAUUAAAAGAAAAACUUGAUAUUGUGCAGCCCUACUCUGCUGAACUUAACUCUUAGUCAAAUCCGACACAAUGCCUUCCAUCUAUUCACAAUCCUUUUUUGAACACACUACUGUUGUAUUGAAGAAUGUUUAAUGAAGGCCAGCUCGGAGGAUAGACUUGUUUUGACUCGAGACUUUAUGGACUGAACUGUUGCUGCUGUGAGGCUUAAAAUGAAAUACCUGUGGGUAAAGUAAUAAAAAAGGAGGUUGAUUUUCUCAUGUGAGGGCAAUCUUUAACUUUGUUUCAUAUGAAGAGUCUGACAUCCCUGGUGUUUCCCUCCCCACUCCUCACCCUUCCUUGUCUUUCUUGUCACCAAGUCUGCCUUGUCCUGACCCUUCCCUCACCCUCUCCUCCUCUCUCUGGGUGAGGUAUACCCCCUCCUGCAUUUUCCGAAAUGAAAUAAAAUACCAUUCUGGAAGUGUU